CUCAGAUACGACCAACCAUUCUUCAUUACGGCCCCAACAAAUUCCAUUACUUUCCCCAAGGACAUCACCAAAACAUCUGAGUCAAAAAAGUGCAACAUUUGCAAUGGAGAUCAGUGUGGAGCAUGAUAAAAGAACAGGAAAAAGUCAAGUGGUCUCUACAGCAACCAUUACCCCAGAGAACAUCCAGAAGAGGGGCUUAAAGCUGUACGAUGACGGACGCAAAUCCAUAUAUGCUUUGGACCCUGACGGAGGCACACUUUACCCCGGUGUAGAUGGUGAAAUGUCACCCAAACAGGUAGAAGAACUUCUACGACAAGCCACGGAUGAGAAUGUACCUCAUGAUCUGCUGUACCAUCAACCUGUCUACUCAGCUGCUUACUUUGGAACGAGCAGACCAAAGACAUCAAAUAAAGCACAGAACCAAAUGCUUACAACAUGCCAAAGCCCUUCACAGCCUGCUAUAGAAUCCACCCAGCUUACUCAAGAACAAACAGAACCAAAUAGCCAUGCCCAGUCCCUAAAUGGAGAGGAAAUGAGAGAAUCCAAUGAGCACAUUCAAGGCACAUCCAAACCUCUUAUCCCACAGAUUUGUUCACUUCAAUUUAGUGCCCAAAGUGUACAAGGUCUUGACAAUAAAAACCACAUGAACAGUUAUAGCAAGACACCCCUUGUCACAAUCAAAGUCAGGCCUGAAGAGAAGUCGACACCAUUACGGCUUGUUCGCAGAGGCAUAGAUGGCGGCAGGUCUUCAGAGACUGGCCAGAAAUACCAAGUUGAUUCUUUGAUCGAGAGCUCAGACAAAACAAAAACAGAUAUCAAAGCAGAGAAUUUUGCCUCGACAAACGUUUUCAACAAGCAACCCGGACAGCUGGAAUUGACAGCUGUCACCAUGAUUUUUAUGGGCUAUGAGAAUGCCUUGGAUGAGGAAGAUGUAGACUUCCAAGCAGAACUGGUGACAGUAGGGUGCAGUGAUGAUGAUGAUGAUGAUGAUGAUGAUGAUGAUGAAGUCAAUUAUAUUGUAAAUAAAAACAAUGGGGAGUUCCUCUCAUUCCACCCGGAAGGAUACAAGAGCAAAGUGUUCCAACCUGAACUGGCAAAAGGUUUCGUCACAGGGUGCAAAUAUAUUAGCGAAGAUGCCGUCGCAACCUGGAAGCAUUUAGGACUCCACAGGCCAACAUUCAUCCACAAGUCAGGAAACAAAGAGCCACUUUAAAGUUACAUGCAAUUUGUGCGUUUACUAACAAUCACCAUUGAAAUUCUAUUAGUAUUACUGUGUACAGUGUACCCCUUCCUGCACAUUUUAAACAAAUUGAAAGUUAUUAAAAGACACUUUUUCCUCGCUGGCCCUGACCACUGAGUAAACCACAUUUUCAUAUCAAUAUGCCAAACAAGUUAGUCCAACUGUGGAGUGCGGAGAUAAAACUGUAGAGCGUAUCAAUGUGUACAAAUGGUAACAUGUUUAUAAUACUGAAUGAAUAGUCCAAUAUUGACUAUAUAUUGCAUUUCUGCAGGCCUCAUCUGCAUAAACUGAAGCUUUAUCAAACAAAUGAACGCAGCCAAGCCAUUGGGGGAUCACGUUCAUGAAUUUCCCAUUUCAAACUGUUGUCUUCAGUCAUCAUUAUUCGGUAUGAUGAGAUAUCAGACAGCACAUUCUGAUACUUUGAUUUAUUAUUUUCUUUUUUUUUUUACAGUUGCGGUUGUUUGUAUACUCUAUGUACAGUGUUAUGUUUUAACAUUUUUAAACACUACAUAUAGGAGCAUGAGUCUCCUAUUUAUGCUUCUCUCUGCUUUUAAUGACAAAGUGUUGUUAUUGUCAUUUUAGAUCAGUAUAAUUUAUAGUUAGUUAUACGUAUCCAAUUUUGAUGUGUGCAUCAGUCAGACUCAGUUCAGCCAAUUUAAAACCUUUAUUGACAACAAUCAGCUCAAAUAAUUCUUCUCAUUAUUCUAGGCUGCUGGCACUCGGUUUAAGUAAAAUAAAGAGCGAGAUUCACUUAAAAACAAAAAAAUUAUACUUUACGAUAUUGUAAGCCACUGUAACAUUAAGCACAUUAAACAGAUUAACACUUUGCUUAAAUAUAGGAGUAUAAAAGAAAUGACGUAAUGAGUCAAUAAAAAUGUAUUGCACAUAACAGUCAUGUAAAAAAAUGCAUGGUACAAAAACUUACACACAACAGAACUGCAUUGAUUCUUGCGUGCACCACUAAAGAGAUCCAGCGUACCACCUGUGAUACUAGUGCCACACUUUGUGAAUCACUGGUAUAGAAAUUGCGAAGGAGUGGGGUGCGACAUUUUUAUUCAGUGACAAAGUGGACUGUUUCAUUCACCACAAAGGGUAGCAAAAUAAAUCCCUUAAUAUGUACCUUUAUCCUGAUCUCCCCCAAUAUGUGAGGGAAUGUUCAGUUUUUGCAUUUUGCAAUAGACCGCUAAUAACAUCCAUGAAAUAGGUACGACGAAUUACAUCAAUGUGUAAAUAUCAGAUCAAACAUUUAAACACUAACGAUAAUGGACUGGAGAACACACAGCUCAAUUUUUCAGUUUUUCAUGCAAAACCUUUGUCCUUGAUUUUUUACCUUUCCUUUUUGUAUUUUUGUUGCAUAAUGAAAAACAUGGAGGAGGGUGCGGAGAUCGAGGUGACAUCUCAAUUCUAAUACUAGUGUCGAGGAUACAGUUAUAUAAGUGGAAUUUCUUACAAUAAAAAAACAAAUCCUGAAAAGGUUAGUGGUCAAAAGCAUUCGCAGUGCAUCCAAAUCUUUCGACUUUAAAGUGCUCCCGGUUCGAGAGUGCUAUAACCUCUCCUCCAAAAAGACAUUAAAGCAAAAAGAAAUAUAACGAUAGUGCAAUUUCUUUGUCCAUGUUGUGCCAUUUGUCACGACAGUCUGAAGACAUUAAAAAAAAAAAAAAAAAAGUACUUCAGAAGUGUCAAAUCAUCAUCAACAUUGUCACAACAGCAAAAUUUGCAUAUGAUUAGUUUGCAUGUUGGUUAACUCCAUCGGGCAGUGGCAGUGCAUUUCCACUUUGUUGACAUAUAUUUGGCUUUUGCCACAUGUAGUUAAAUACAAAUAAAUACAUAACUUUAUUGUCAGUGGAAAUUCUGAAGGAUUGCUGAGCCCAACCUGUCAUAUCCUUUAGGUCUGAUCAUUUUGUCAAUCAAUUAAUUUGCUUGUAAUUGUACCUUGGAUGUUUGUAUCAAUUCAUUAUUAGAUAAAUAAAAGAUAUACUUGCCCAUCCAUCCUCCUGGUUUGUUUUUU